UCGUCGUGGUCGUGGUGUCUUUCCGUUCAGAAAAGUCUCCGGUCUUCCUUCCCGAUCCGUAUUUGGCGACGCCCAGUUCUUGUUGCCUCAUCGCUGAGCCCUCGUCGCUGACCCUCGUCGCAGGCUGCUCCGGGGAUCGGCGAUCGAAAGGAGAGUGGGAUCGCGAGGCAAGGCGACGAUGCAUGGGAUUAAUGCGGCGGUGGUAGCGAGGAUGCUGACGGCGAUAGCCACGCCGGCGGGGAAUGAUGGGGCUGUGCUGCUUAAGGGGGAAGACAUCCCCUUCGGAUCGUUUGCGUGGUAUGCAUACGCCGGGAUUUCGUGCUUUCUCGUUCUAUUUGCGGGGAUCAUGUCCGGACUUACUCUGGGGUUGAUGUCGCUCGGACUCGUCGAGCUGGAGAUCCUGCAUCGCAGUGGGACUCCUGUCGAGAAGAAGCAAGCAGCUACCAUUCUUCCUGUUGUUCAAAAGCAACAUCAGCUUCUUGUAACUUUGCUUUUGUGUAAUGCUGUUGCUAUGGAGGCUCUUCCUCUCUACCUGGACAGGAUAUUCAAUCCAUAUGUUGCUAUUGUGUUAUCUGUGACCUUUGUGCUGGCUUUUGGUGAGGUUAUUCCUCAAGCCAUAUGCACCAGAUACGGGUUGGCAGUGGGAGCAAACUUGGUCUGGCUAGUGCGCAUAUUAAUGAUCAUCUGCUACCCAAUAGCUUAUCCUGUUGGCAAGAUUCUAGAUUGUGCACUUGGACAUAAUGAAUCUGCACUUUUUAGACGUGCUCAGUUAAAAGCUUUGGUCUCUAUUCACAGCAAAGAGGCUGGAAAAGGUGGAGAGCUUACACAUGAUGAAACCACAAUAAUAAGCGGGGCACUUGAUUUGACUGAAAAGACAGCUGAGGCAGCUAUGACACCCAUUGAGUCUACCUUUUCCUUGGACGUCAAUUCAAAGUUAGACUGGGAGGCUAUUGGCAAGAUUCUUGCUCGAGGCCACAGUCGUGUCCCUGUCUAUUCAGGGAACCCAAAGAAUAUUAUAGGCCUUUUGUUGGUGAAGAGUCUUCUUACAGUUCGACCUGAAACUGAAACCCCUGUCAGUGCUAUAUCAAUUAGAAGAAUCCCUAGAGUGCCUGCAGAUAUGCCUCUAUAUGACAUACUGAAUGAAUUUCAGAAAGGAAGCAGUCAUAUGGCUGCUGUUGUCAAAUCUAAAGGGAAACCUAAGAGCACUCCACCUGUUGAUGGUGAAAAAUUUCGAGAAAAUAAGGAAUUGAGUGUUGAAUCCAAUGUCACAACCCCUUUGUUGUCUAAAGCCAAUGAAACCUUGGACAAUGUUUUUAUCAACAUUGAUAGGUUUGAAAAUAAACCCACAGCUUUGCUACAGAAUGAUGCGGAAGCAAAGAUAGUUUCUCGAUUGACAGAAGAUACUGAAGAGGGAGAAGUUAUUGGGAUCAUCACACUUGAGGACGUUUUUGAGGAACUCCUACAGGAGGAGAUAGUUGAUGAGACAGACGAAUAUGUUGAUGUUCAUAAAAGGAUACGUGUGGCUGCUGCCGCUGCUGCUUCUUCAGUUGCACGUGCUCCGUCUUAUAGGAGGUUAACUAAACAAAAAUCAGUGGGGGCUCUAAAUAGGCAAGGGCAGCAUCCGCCGGGCAUCCUAAAGAAACCCACCGAAGGAGAUUCGUACACUCCCCGGCAUCAAGUAAGUUUGGUGGAACCGCUCCUGGGAACCAAAAGAUAACAUCUGCAAAGUUUUGUCAAAGUAGUGCCGUUGCGUAUCAUCAGCUCAGUGAUGCAGGUGUAAGAGUUAUUUGUUGCUGGCCGAGCAAUGCAAUUAGCAAUUGCAAUUUGUCUUACAGUAAAAAUAAGUAGUUUGUUGCUGGCCAAGGGAUGUAAUUAGCAAUUGCAACUUGUCUUGUACUAAAAUAAGGACGGACGAUAUGGCGACUUGGAGGAGGAGAAACCCGAUUCGGAUUCGAAUAUCUGUAUGGUUGAUUUGGAGCCCCGUUUCUGGGGUAUAAUUUUGCUGAACAAAGAUGCGUUAUUUGAAUGCU